UGUUAAAUUAAGUUCUCCAACACCCAAAAGAAGAGAAAGAACUAGAUAGAGAGGUACGUAAUGGAAGAAAGCUGUUACAUGAAGAAGCAUUUUGUACUAGUACAUGGUGCAUGUCAUGGUGCAUGGUGUUGGUUCAAGCUUAUACCACUACUAGAGCUCGCCGGACACCGUGUAACGGUACUUGACUUGGUGGCCGCCGGGAUCAACCUAACGAAGAUCUCUCAACUCCAAACUCUUGGCGAAUACACUGAGCCAUUGAUUCAAUUAAUGGAGUCUCUUCCUGAUGAUGAUAAAAUUGUUCUUGUUGGGCAUAGCCUUGGAGGGCUUAGCAUAGCUUUGGUUAUGGACAUAUUCCCUCAUAAAAUUGAUGUUGCUGUUUUCCUCACUGCUUUUAUGCCUGAUUCUUACCACACUCCCUCCUUUAUUUUUGACCAGUUUACUGCAAGUAUGCCACCAGGAGAAGAUUAUUGGGUCGACACCGAAUUCAAGAGCUACGGUGACGACCCAAAGGAGAGCCUUACAUCAUUUUUGUUCGGACCAUGCUUCUUAUCUAAGAUUUAUAAGUUGUCUCCCCCUGAGGAUUAUGAGUUAAUUUUGACAUUGAGAAGGCCAUCGUCGUUGUUCCUUAACGAUUUGUGGAGGCCGGAGACUAAGCUUUCGAAGGAAGGAUAUGGAUCAGUGAGGCUAGUUUAUGUCAUGUGUGACGAAGAUGAAGCAAUACCACCAGCAUUCCAACGAUGGAUGAUUAAAAAUAAUGGGGUGGAACAAGUCAAGGAGCUUAAACACUCAGAUCAUAUGCCCAUGUUCUGCAUGCCAAAAAAGCUAUGUGACUGUCUUUUGGAGAUAGCUAUGGAACAUCAUGCUACUACCUCUGACGUACACUACUCCAACUUCUGAGACCGAACUUCAGACUGAUCUUGAGCUUAAUUAAGUUGAAACUCGAUCUAUGUUGUAUUAAUUAUGUAAUUAGAUGAUAAUCGUGUGUUAAUGUGUCUGUUAAUUUGCUUAUUUGAGUUGUUUGCUUCUAGCUUUGUAAAAUACAUAGUAGUAAGCUUGAUUUACUCUUGACUUGUAAGAGUAAAUUUGCUUGUAAGAUACAAUGAUGCAUGUUUGAGUUGUAAGAUACUGGAUUGUAAGAGUUGUGUACUUGUGUGCUUAUUUAUAUUCAAAACUCUUUAUUUAUUGUCUA